AUGUCGACAUUAGCAAGUCAAUUACGAGCAAGUUUAGUAUAUGUUAAUGGAUAUUGCUUAAUACCAGUAUUUAUAUUAGGUAUCAUAGGUAAUAUAACUAAUAUGAUAGUAUUUUCUCAAGGUCGAUUGAAAAAUAAUGGAUGUUCAUUAUAUUUUGUUAUUGUUUCAUUGAUUCAUAUAUUUGUUCUUUGUUUUGGUUGUAUUGUUCGUAUAGUAAUUACAUUAAGUGGAUUUGACUUGAGUCAUUUUUCAUUAUUUUUCUGUAAAUGUCGUGUUUAUUUUUUUGUAGCUGGUGUUGUACUAUCUCGUUUUUAUCUAUGUUUAAUAUGUAUUGAUCGAUGGUUAAUUACAUCAUUAAAUGCACGAACUCGUCGUUUAAGUAAUGUGAAAACUAUUCGACGAAUAAUUCUUGUUAGUACAAUUCUUUGGCUUUUAUUUCAUCUUCAUGUCGGCAUUGGAUUUCGUAUAGAAAUCAGUGGUUGUGUUCCAUCAUCAGAUGGAUUUUAUUCCACAUUUUAUUUAAUUACUAAUCUUAGUUUUUCAAUUAUUCCAUUUAUUAUCAUAAUUUUAUUUACAACAUUAACUUUACAUCGUAUUAUUAUAAAAAAAAGAGUAGGAAAUAAACGAAAUCCAAUUGUACAUCCAGUUGAGAGAAAUAAUCAUCAGUCGAAUUCUCAAAAUACCAUGAAUGAUCUAGAUGAAAGAUUAUCAAAUAGAAAUCUUCAAUUAAUUAAAUUAAAUAUAAUUCAAGUAAUUUUUUUUAUUUUAUUAAAUCUUCCAAAUACAAUCUAUACAUUAUAUUCAUUUAUAACAAAAACUAAUCAAAAAACAAAUGAUCAAAUAACUAUUGAUAAUUUUUUCAAUUAUGUCGCAUCGAGUUUACUUUACACGCAUUGUGCGUAUGGUAUUAGAAGGGUUAAUGGUACACAUACUCAUUCUGUAAAUCCAGAUCAAAUAGCAGUAAAAAUUUUACGUAAUAAAAUGAAAGCACGAAUAUUAGCUGUCUCUUUUCUUAUAAACUAA